CGGCUCCCUCUCAAUGGGACGGGGCCGGCGGCGGGGCUGAGCUCGGCCGUGCCGCGGGCAUGUCGCAGGCUCCGCCGGGCGCGGGGCAGCUCAAUGACCUGCCCGACCACUCUCCGCAGGUGCGCGGCGCCGUGUCCGAGCUGCGGCGGCGGGCGGAGGCAGAGCCCGGCCAGCGCUGGCCGCAGCCCCUCUCCGAUGCCUUCCUGGUGCGGUUCCUGCGCGCCCGAGAUUUCCACCUGGACCUGGCCUGGAGGUUAUUGAAGAAUUAUCAGAAAUGGAGAAUUGAAUGCCCAGAAAUAAGUGCAGAUUUACAACCAUCUUCUGUUCUUGGUCUUUUGCAAGCUGGCUAUCAUGGAGUCCUAAGGUCAAGAGACCCACAUGGAAGCAAAGUUCUAAUAUACAGAAUUGGACAAUGGGAUCCCAGUUUAUUUACAGCAUAUGAUGUGUUUCGUGUAAGUCUCAUCACAUCUGAACUCAUUGUAAAGGAGAUCGAGACUCAGCAAAAUGGAGUCAAGGCCAUCUUUGACCUUCGAGGGUGGAGAUUUGCUCAUGCUUUUCAAAUCAGUCCAGCAGUGGCCAAGAAUAUGGCUGCUGUUCUCACAGAUUCCUUUCCACUGAAAGUUCGAGGUAUCCACUUGAUUAAUGAGCCUUUAUUCUUCCACCCAGUCUUCGCUCUAAUUAAGCCUUUUCUCACUGAAAAAAUAAAGCAACGGGUGUACAUGCAUGGAAAUAACUACUUGCAGAGUCUGACCGAACACUUCCCCGUCAGCAUUCUCCCACAGGAAUAUGGUGGGGAGGAAGUCUCCAUUGAAGAGCUGGCCAAGGAAUGGACUGACUUCAUAAUGGCAUCUUCAGAUUAUCUUCAGAGCAUAUCUCUGGUUGCCUAGGUAUAACCUUAAUAAAGUAUUUUAUCAAUUCUUGAGCACUGGAAUUGGAAAUAAGUUUAAUAUGAAAAUUUCCAUUGUGAAUGAAAUAAGUAUGUCUUUGCAGGGCACUCACUGAAUGUUAUAUUGGCUGCACUUUUAUACUAACUGGAGUCUAUCAGUUUGCAUGUCUGAAGAGAUUCAUGAAUUUUGCAUGUUUGUCGCACUGUUUCUAAUUGAGCAACUUGUAUGCCAGAUAGCUGAAGAGUGCACUGGAUAUCAGAUUGAUACUGCUGCUGUUAGGUCUUUGGAGACAACUCAUCUGUAAUAAUGUAGUCCAGAACCUUACACUUAGCUCUUGGCUUGUCAAGACAAUACAAAACAAAGAAUAGACUGUGAAUAGGGUAGUUUGUUGCAGAAAUAAGACUACAGGGCUAAUUUACAAAGUGUGAAGAGGCUGCUUUUUGGAUUGAUUCUCAGGGAAAAUGCCAUUUUGUUAGCUUGUAUCAAAUUGAAAAUUAGUAAUCAAUAGUGAGACAUUUGUCUUACUUGUGCUGCUUGUGCAGUUUCCCUUCUUAUCCUAAUUAACAGAGUAAUCUUCAAGUUUUAUAGAAAAACACCAUGUGCGUAUUUUUCAAAGAACAGUGUGAAUCAGGGGGAGGAAGUGGUAGAAGAGUCAUAACAACCUUGAAAAUUCUUAUUUUCUUUCUUCAAAGUGAUACUGUCUAUGGACAACUAUAAGCAACUCAGAUUAUUAUCCUUUAAUCCCUAGUGUAGAGGACUACAGAGAUAAAAAGUUUUCAGCUGUUUGCAUUAUCUGUUAGUUUCUGGGGGUAAAAGUAGGUUAUCCUUUGAGGACCUGAACUUUAGAAAUAGCUGUUGUAUGUUUUAAGGGUGCUUUGAGGUCACUUUGGACCUCUGCAUAGGAGAUGCUUGGUAUUGUCAUUUUAUUUUCGGUACAGUAACUGUUCUUAAUUCUGUUUCGUUUUUGCACAAGCACUAUGUAUUUAAGCAUUCCAUAUAAAUUUUCCUAUGAAUAAAUCUAUAAAAAAUGCUUCUAUCUCAGGUAGCUAGAAAUUAUAACUUCAGUUAUUUUGUAAUCUUUAGAACAUUGGAAUGGUAUAUAGGCAUAGGGAACAGAAAUGAAAGUAUCCUAUUAUAUUAGAAAUGCCUUACUUUAGAUUAUGAUUAGUAAGGCAUUAUUGCAAGAGUCAUUGGAAACUAUUCUUUAUUAGCAAGAGGAACAUCUAUGAAAGACCCCUUAGAGUACUUAUUGGUUGUAGUUUCUUCUGCUGUGGUAAGAUCAAUGCCAGAAAUUCUUUCAAAACUGACAACCUCUUUUUUUUUUUUUUUCCUUUCAAAUUUCCUGAAGUGCCUUUUUCAUUUUUCUCUUUCAAAAUAUUUUUGUAUGGGGCCUAAAUUUAAAUAAACCUUAUUCAGAUAUAAGAUUAUAUGAAAAUGUAUUUCAUAUAUAUUUCUUUUUCUCAGAUUUUGUGAUACUAUUUUGUGAUACACUGUUUUGUGAUACAAAAGCUCCUUCAAUAGAGGAGUUCAAUGAACUGCAAAUUCUUCUUUAUAAGAAAUUAGACUAAGUAGUCAGGUAUCUGGCAAUUGUUCAAGUGUGUAACUCAAGUUCCAAGUAAUUUACCAGGUGGAGAACCGAACCUAUUGUCUUAAUAUUACAGUCCUUCAGUUUUAAUCUGUGAAUGUAAACUGCACAAAGGAAUGAACCAUGUUUCAGUGAACAAGAAAAUUUAAACUUUUCCUAUGAAUCAAUCUUUGAUUGCUACUGGUUUAUGUAGGAGCAACCUCAUUUGAUUGCUUAUGUAUAUGCAUAUUUAGCUGGGGCUUUUUAAUCUUUAUUUGGAUUUCACCAGCUCUAUGAAUAUAAAGUCCUAAAUGUCUUCAAAAAUACCCUGAUCCUGUUAUUAAGUUGUAGAGUGUUUGCAUAACUCAGCAGUUAGAGCGCUGAGUGCAGUUAUUUUUUCCUGAACUGUUAAUUAUUUUUAAUGUUUACAUAUUAUAUAGGAGGUGGGAACUCUUAAUUGCCAUUGCUGAUAUAAUAAGAACGCAAUAUAAUUGGAACAUUUACAUAAUGAAUAGUGGAGAUAUUGGUAUGAUGUGCGGUCAUGUUGCAGCUUUGAGCAGCAGCCAACAAAACAAAGUGCGUUAUUCUUUAUAAACAUCGGGAGUGCCUCUAAAAAGAAUAAAGUUCUUGUUAAAAGGUACAAAUACUUACUACUGACUGUAAGCACGAUUUAAUGCGCAAUUUUUAAUUUUUCCCUCUUUUUAAAAUGCAUGAACAUAUGUUUUAAUUAAUAAACCCUUUCUGGUUGAA